AUGUAUCCUAACAUCCCGUAUGCGCUUCUGUCGGCGGCACUCAUCGUGCUAAGUAUGGUGCAUCUCAUCUUGCUUACCGUUCACCGCCCCCAGCCUCACCGUUUGCCUGAGAUAUCAAUCUUCGUUCUCUUUAUCUGCGUCAAUGCUGUUGUCAUUGGCAUUGGUCUAUCAGGCUUAAGGCGCGGGGAUACGCCAGCAUUUUACUAUCCCUUGGGAAUAUGUACAGCAUUUCCGCUAGCCCUUGAGAUGAUUCGGCUGAGCAAAAUCCAGGCCGGACCACUUACGAACGCCCUCCUGCAUCGAUUAUUUUUAGGCUCGGUCGCCUACGAGGCGUCGGUGAAAGGUACAGCUGUAAUCGUGUCUAUCGACUACACGGUACUCGCGAUUGCUGGUCUGCUUUUUUGGCGCGGAAUUCGCGGUAUACCAUCUCAGGGCCCUGUAAUCCGUGAGAUUACAAUCCAUGCAUUUCUUGUUUUCAUAACGGCAGGGUUUGCUGCAGGCGGACUCGUCCACGACUGGCCCUUCUGGAUCGAAGUGAUGUUGAUUAUCACUAUUGGUGCCUAUAUGGCUCGAAAUAUCUCCGCUCAGUCUCUUGAACCAGGAAACGCAGUGCCGUUAGCGAACUUCACAGACGACACAUCCGAUUUAGGCCAGCUCAGCCCCCACCAAGAAAGUCGUUCUGCUCGCCUCCCUUUCAUGACCGAGGAAAGCUAUACACGACUAGACGAGGUUCGGACGGCUCGCCCUGAAUCAGCACAUCUGAAAAUUAGGGCGGUGGCCUCAAUUUACUAUCCGGACCGGCCGAUCCUGGAGACGGGUAUCUUUACUGUAUUAUGCGAGGGGUCUGAGGGGUCUGAGGGGGACUAUCGGCGGGACCUGCGAUAUGAUGAAUUGACUGCUUGUAGCGACGGGGAAGCUGCGAUUCAAUCGUACCGGCUAGGUUCACCAUCGCUCGGUGUGUUUUUAUUUGACUUUUCCCUGGCCACGUUGAAUAGUUUUAGCUAUUUCCGUCUAAAUAAAAUACCCAUACUGAGAAGCUUGUCGUGCGGCUGGAUGCUUCUACUUCACAAAACAGGCGAACCUUUAAGUACACAAACAGUUACUUUAGGCACGGCAGCAAGCAAAGUGAUUCUGGUUUUGAGAGAGAUGGACAAAGAUUUGACCUCGGACCCGAAAAUACGGAAAAGAGCAAGCACCCGGGCGAUGCGAGAAAAUGCAGAACCCAACAAAAGAACCGACAGAUCUCAGGAUCAAAAUGACGACCAAAUCACGGCCCAUGAUCUAUUGAACAAAAUACGGGGAAAAAGCCAAACCAGGCAAGGAUAUGUUCGAAAAGCAGUUCGACGACGUCUGAGACUCUUCUGCUGCAGAUGUGAGGAGGAUGUUAGCGGUGGGGGGGAAUGUCGACAAUGUGGCCAUACAUCGUGUCCGGAAUGUUUGCACGAAAGGACACUGCGUAGGGAAAGAUCUGUUGACCGAUCACACGAACCGAACCAAGCGAAUAGACGUCAUGAUGCUCAGACAAACAACCAAACAAGCGCAGUCCCGGCGACCCAUCUUAGCCAAGCUAUCGAGAUCGAUGAGGACCCGGAAACAGAAACAGCAUCUGUGCUCUAUAUGUUGCCUUAUCCUGAACUGGCGCUGAAACUGGAAAGAGAGAGAGAAAAACGGGAGACCUGGGUUAAUCGAGCCAUCAAGUGCUGCUACUGCGAAGGAACUGGCUCGGCGGUCAACAAAUGCGCAUGUGGGCAUGACUCCGGCUGGGCGAAGCGAAGAAUAUCUGCUCUUAACAUUCCAAAGGAGCCCAAUUCCCUGGGCGCGAGACAGUCAACCACAUGUUCAACCCGCCAACGAAGAUACCAUGAUAGAAAUUUCACUGGUUGUUCGACCUGCAAAGCAAGGCAUGUCAAAUGUGAUGAAGCAGCACCUGCCUGUCGCAGCUGCAUAAAAAGGGGUUUGCACUGCGAUGGUGCCCAGAAUGAAAUACUCUACAAAUUCGUUGACCCCAGCCAGGGGGCGUCCAGUUUUGUAAAGAGACAGCAUAAAGGUUUUAGAAGGGAAACGGCCAAAAACCACGGUGUCUCCAGCUCACACCCAUUGCCAUAUAAGGACCCAACUUCCUCCUGUCUACGUUCCGUGGAUUUACAAAGUGGGAUCCACGCUUCGACGGAAUCUCUUGCCAUGGACAAUCCCACCAUUGGUGUCAGUCCCAGCGAUGGCCCGUACUUGAUUGACAAAGCUGAUCGCUACUAUCCGGAUAUCCGUGGUGAUACGAAGAUGUACCCUUGGCUUUCAUAG